CGGUCCAUUGUUGCGUAUUGAUUGCUGCGGAGCAGUGGUAUGGUCGUCCGGACACUCGGUCGUUCUCAUCGCCGUUGUCGUCGUCGCCGUCGUCGGUGGUACAGUCGAGUAGGUUAAGAAAGCGGGACACGCGUAUAGAUAGAGCAAAGUUCUACGUUUUGUCGUGAUCGAAAGCGCGUUUCGUCGCGUACGGUUCAUGAUUCGCGUUUAAUACAAUAUACGCACGUAAAUACAAAUUGGAACUACCUGCAGCAUUAACGGCGGCGGCGGCACAAGCUGCCGCAGAGUGUGACGACACCGUGGUGAUCCUCGAGCUACGGGCACCCUCGGCGACAAGGGCCACCUGGGAGAGUCUAGGAGCCUCCGCGAUUCUCGAUACAAAAUAUCACGGACGAACGAGAAUCGUGGAAUCGACGGAAGCAUGCCCGGAGAAACUUGGAGCGAGGGGCCGCGCGAGCCGUGCCAGCCGAUCGACGAGCAGAGAUCAUCGAGAUCCCUGUGAAUCCGAGGACAGUGGCGCGGAGGGACGAGAGAUAUAUCAGUGAACUUCGUGUACGGAGAGCUGGUGCGAUCGGUUCGAGAUUGGGUUCGUGUGAUAUAUUCGUCGGGACGAGUCAAAAAGAAAAAAAGAAACGAAAAUCGAGCGGAAAGGACGACGGAAGGGGGUGAACGGAAGGAAAGCGCGAAAGGGAAAGAGUGAGCGUGUGAUUGAGCUGAGCGAAAGGGAGGGAAAGGAGGAGAAAAAAAAAGAGAGUCAACCCCCCUGAAGGAAAAGUGGAGCGAUAGAGAUUGAACGACGACGGAACGGGGGUGACCAGGGGGGGGGGGACACACAAAGGUGUUUGGGAGAAGAAGUAGUGUCACCGUCGGAGGAGGGAAUUCGGGUAAGGAGGGCGAGGGUGGUGAUUAGUGAGUGCGUACGGGACGGUGAAGCACAGGAAACGGUGGAUAAAGGGGGUCCGGAAGAGGGAGAGGAGAUCAGUUUGUGCGCGCAGACCGCGAAGAAAGCUCGUGGUCGGUUUGGCUGCAACGAGUCCGCGAGGCUUUGCGGAGUUGCAGCGCGCCGUGCGCCCCGUGGCAGCACGAAAUUAUGAAGCGCAUAAAGUGUGCCCUGCUGGCCACCGUUUUUGAUAGCCGCCGGUGAAUGUGUGACCCGGGGGCAGCAGAGAUCCGCCGUGAUGACGACCGAAGAGACGACCGAGCAGCCCCCGGUAGACGACUGCCUAAAGGAGCGGAAAUGGUGGUGCUUCCUGCUGUCGAGCAUCUUCACCUUCCUCGCCGGGCUGCUGAUCGUGCUCCUUUGGCGUGCGUUCGCCUUCCUCUGCUGUCGCAAGGAACCCGAGUUCGCUCCAAAUGACCCGAAGCAGAAAGAGCAGAAGGCGAACCGCCAGGGCAAAGAGUUCGAGGGGACUUUUAUGACCGAGGCCAAGGACUGGGCCGGUGAACUAAUUUCCGGACAAACCACCACUGGACGUAUCUUGGUGGUGUUAGUUUUCAUUCUCAGUAUAGCGUCGCUUAUAAUAUACUUCAUCGAUGCCUCCAGCGAAGAGGUGGAACGUUGCCAACAGUGGAACAACAACACUACUCAGCAGAUAGACUUAGCUUUCAAUAUAUUUUUUAUGGUCUACUUUUUUAUACGCUUUAUCGCCGCCAGUGACAAGCUGUGGUUCAUGCUGGAGAUGUAUUCGUUCGUGGACUACUUUACGAUACCACCGUCCUUCGUGUCGAUAUAUCUCGAUCGGACGUGGAUCGGACUGAGGUUCCUCCGAGCCCUACGACUGAUGACGGUCCCUGACAUCCUCCAGUACCUAAACAUUCUAAAGACAUCGAGCUCCAUUCGUCUCGCCCAACUCGUAUCAAUCUUCAUCUCCGUCUGGUUGACAGCUGCUGGCAUCAUUCAUUUGCUUGAAAACUCAGGGGACCCGUUCGAGUUCACGAACCCGCAACAGCUUCCGUAUUGGACUUGCGUUUACUUUCUAAUCGUGACGAUGUCUACGGUAGGAUAUGGCGACGUUUACUGCCACACGAUCCUCGGCCGAACAUUCCUAGUAUUUUUUCUACUCGUCGGUUUGGCAAUUUUUGCUAGUAGCAUACCCGAGAUAAUAGAGCUCGUAGGCAGUAGGUCCAAGUACAGCGGCGAAUACAAGCGGGAACACGGAAAGAGACAUAUUGUCGUGUGUGGCCACAUCACCUACGAAUCAGUCUCACACUUUCUCAAGGACUUCUUGCACGAGGACCGCGAAGAUGUUGACGUGGAAGUUGUCUUCUUGCAUAGGAAAGAGCCAGAUCUCGAAUUGGAGGGUCUCCUGAAGAGGCAUUACACGACCGUGGAGUUUUUUCAGGGCACCAUGAUGAAUGCCGUGGAUCUGGAACGCGUCAAGGUACACGAGGCGGACGCGUGUUUGGUACUGGCGAACAAGUACUGUCAAGAUCCGGACGCAGAGGACGCGGCAAACAUCAUGCGCGUAAUCUCUAUCAAGAAUUAUUCGGAUGACAUUCGCGUUAUCAUUCAAUUAAUGCAAUAUCACAACAAGGCCUACUUAUUAAACAUUCCAUCAUGGGAUUGGAAACAAGGCGACGACGUAAUCUGCCUAGCCGAACUGAAGUUAGGUUUCAUCGCGCAGUCUUGUCUGGCGCCGGGUUUCAGCACAAUGAUGGCCAAUCUCUUCGCUAUGCGUUCUUUCAAGACGUCGCCCGAUAUGCAGGCUUGGCAGAAUGACUACCUACGUGGAACCGGAAUGGAGAUGUACACCGAAACACUGAGCCCUACCUUCAUUGGAAUGCCUUUUGCCAAAGCCACUGAGUUAUGCUUCACGAAGUUGAAGCUGUUGCUGCUGGCGAUCGAGAUAAAGGGCGAAGGAGGCGGCGACAGUAAGAUCUCGAUCAAUCCACGUGGUGCCAAGAUCGUUGCAAAUACUCAGGGAUUCUUCAUUGCUCAAUCUGCUGAUGAAGUGAAGAGGGCGUGGUUCUAUUGCAAAGCAUGCCACGAGGAUAUUAAAGAUGAAACUCUGAUCAAGAAAUGCAAGUGCAAAAAUUUGGGGCAGCAGCAGCGCUCCUGGGGCCGGGACUUAGAUGUGGGGAUGAUGAUGAUGCAGACUGGCAUGGUGAAGGGAAACACUGCCUACAGCAGUUACCUCGACGUGGCCACAUUCCGGAAAGGCGUGCGAGCUGUUCAAAUGGUUGGAAGAGCAAGUGAAGACUUCUCGUAUGCAAACGACCACCAUCCUCCCCCUACAUUCACUCCGCCAGAACUGCCCAAGAUGGUUCACGUAAGAGGUACAGGUGAGGUCAGUCGCGAACGAGACGACCCGAACGCCAUGAGAAAUCAUCGUAAUUCCGUUGGGAUGACCAUGAUGAAUUCGACGAAGCAGGUAAAUAAGGUGAAACCGAACGUGAAUCGAACGACGAACGACAGUUUAUCAAGUCCGAAUCAACCGUACAAUCAAAGAUCGCAAGAGGAGUCUCCGUACCCUGGCUACCAUCUCGCCUACGAAGUGAAAAAACUUAUGCCAACAAGCAGAGCUUCUGGCGGUACGAACGUAAACAAUAACGGUGGUCUUCAAGUCGGAAUCGCCGACGACCAGGCGAAAGACUUUGAUUUCGAGAAGACCGAAAUGAAGUACGAUUCGACGGGCAUGUUCCAUUGGAGUCCAUCCCGCAACCUCGAAGACUGCAUACUGGAUCGCAAUCAGGCAGCCAUGACGGUUCUGAAUGGACACGUCGUCGUCUGCCUGUUCGCCGAUCCCGACUCGCCCCUCAUCGGACUGAGAAACCUCGUCAUGCCAUUACGAGCUUCCAAUUUCCAUUACCACGAGCUUAAACAUGUAGUGAUAGUUGGGUCUGUGGACUACAUCCGCCGCGAGUGGAAAAUGUUGCAGAAUCUACCAAAGAUAUCGGUGCUAAACGGUUCACCACUAAGCAGAGCAGAUUUGCGUGCCGUUAACGUGAAUCUGUGCGACAUGUGUUGCAUCCUGUCGGCUAAAGUGCCUAGCAAUGAUGACCCCACCCUCGCCGACAAGGAGGCCAUCCUCGCGUCCCUUAAUAUCAAGGCUAUGACCUUCGACGACACGAUUGGAGUGCUCAGCCAAGCGAAUAAUGAGCAAGGUAAUUUGACCGCAGUUGGCAGCCCGAUCGUUUUACAGCGACGAGGAUCCGUUUAUGGAGCAAACGUGCCAAUGAUAACAGAACUCGUAAACGAUAGCAACGUGCAGUUCCUUGACCAGGACGACGACGACGAUCCGGACACGGAACUCUACCUCACCCAACCCUUCGCUUGCGGUACUGCCUUUGCCGUCAGCGUAUUAGAUUCGUUAAUGUCGACGACAUAUUUUAACCAAAAUGCGCUGACUUUGAUCCGGUCGCUAAUCACCGGUGGAGCAACGCCUGAGUUAGAAUUAAUCCUGGCUGAAGGGGCAGGUUUAAGAGGUGGUUACAGUACGGCGGAUAGCCUGGCCAAUAGAGAUCGUUGUCGAGUUGGUCAAAUCGCGUUGUAUGACGGGCCGUUGGCCCAGUAUGGCGAAGGAGGCAAGUACGGUGACCUCUUUGUCGCGGCAUUAAAAUCGUAUGGAAUGCUGUGCAUUGGUCUGUACAGGUACAGGUUUCGAGACACGAGCUCGUCGUGCGAUGCCUCGUCUAAGCGAUACGUCAUUACGAAUCCACCGGAUGACUUUACCUUAUUACCCACAGAUCAGGUGUUCGUGCUAAUGCAGUUCGAUCCAGGUCUCGAAUACAAGCCAAGCAGAGGAGCGAGAGGGAAGGACGACGCCUCCUGACUGUUGCUGUGUAGCGCCCUCACCGACGGACCUUAUUCCUAUAUAUAAUCGUGCAAAAGGAAGCCAUCAUGCCGUCCGUCAACCCUACGGAUCCAUCUAAUCUUCGUUGGCUGGCAUUUUGGUACGACAUCGCGUGUCCUCAACGAAUUAUCGCAAAACCCCGUCCAUAGAGCAAGUCAUCAGCACGUCCGUUUUCUCCGCUGGUCACGUGUUGCCAGCGACGUUACUCUCGCUAAAUCGCAGCUGGAUCAGUUUCCCUUCAUAGUGUCCGCAGAAUUCUUCGUUCCUUGUUACUCAUCGCUGCGUGAUUCGUUUUUUCUUUUACAUCGUGACCGAACAUUUUUACGUUGAGACGUGGUCGUAGCAAAGAGGAGACACAACCAUCAGUGACGCGUGGGCGAAGAAGUCAAAAAAAAAAAAAAAAAGAAAA